UCCCGUCUCCUUCCCGAGCUAUCCGCCGGCGGCAUGGAAGCAAAGAACCUUGGAGCUGUAACUCCCAGGAAGCCCGUCUUGUCCGUCAGUGCCAGAAAACUCAAGGACAACGCAGCCGACUGGCACAACUUAAUCCUCAAGUGGGAGUCCCUCUCGGGUGCAGGGUUUUCCACUGCCAGCAGCAUCGCCAACCUGAGGAUGAGUUCUUUGAGCAAAGACAAGAUAGAAUUAGAGAGCAAUAGCCUGCCCUCUGAUACGAACGGACAGACGGAUCCAGAUUAUAACCAGGAGCUGGAGACGCUGUGUGAGCAGCUGCAGGCCACCUUGGAUGGGUUGACUAAAGUACAGGUGAAAAUGGAAAAGCUGGCUUCCACCACCAAAGGCAUUUGUGACCUGGAAAAUUACCAUCAUGGGGAAGAGGGCCAGCCGCCACCCCUGUUCCACACGUGGCCCACCGCCCACUUUUACACGGUGUCCCGCCGGCUGUGCAACAUGUACGGGAAGGAGCUGCUGCUGAAGCGCACUGUCACCGAGGAGCUCGCACACUCGGCGGACCGCAACCUCGCCCUGACCUACUUGUCCAUGUGGCUGCACGAGCCGUAUGUGGAACGCGCCAGCCAGCUGCUUCUGGAAGGCAUGCUGCUUGAGACGGGGCACCGGCCGCUCUGACCCGAGCAGCCUCGCUCUGGAGGGCGCCUCAUCUCCUAUAGCAGACAGGCCUCCUGUGCAGGCCUAGGAUGCCGGUGCCCGGGACACGGGGUCUUCUGGCCAGCCCACCCUCAGCUCCUGUGGACUCUGCCCCUUGCUGCCUGCCAGCCCCUGCAGCACCUCUUCUGAUCUGUCCCCAGAGGGCUCCUGAGCAGUGAGCAAAUGAGCUUGGUUUUGUCAGCUGGAUGCAUGCCACUGCGUAGGUUUGCUAGCAUACCCCUGGUUUCUCGGCUCCACCCAGGCGUGUCUGUGUUACUCAGCUUCUCCUGGUGGGAGUUUAGUAGUCAUGGUUAGUUUGUAAAAUGCUGUUGCAUCGUGGUUACAUGUUAGCUGCUAACUGCAAGGUCAGAAGUUCAAAACCACCAGCUGCUCCAUGGGUGAAAGACUGAGCUUACUCCCAUGAAGAGUUAUGUCGUGGAAGCCCACUGGAGCUCUUCUGCCCUGACUCAGGCAGUUGAUUUGGGCUAUUUUGUGUGGAGAGGAGCACCAGCAUCGUCAGAGAAAUGGGAAUGCCUACCAGAGAUCGCUCCUGCUUGUGUACUCAGGCCAGGCCGAGCCAGGAAUCUCCAUGGUGGUACUCUGGCAAAGUUGGUAGUCCGGCACAUCUUGCAACCGUUGCCACGCACAGCUAGUGUGCUUUGUGAGAAGCGAGGGGAAAGGUCACCGUUUUGAGAGACUGAAGAGGCACAGCCGAAGACGCGGGUAUGAAGUGAAAUCGUUUCUCCAGUCUCCUUUACAUGCCGGUCCUUUCCAGGGCAUUGCGUGCUGCACGGCUUCUUCACCCGUUUGCAGCGACGAGUUACUCAGCGUGGCUCUCCUAGGCAGUCUCUCUUAACUCCCACCCAGGGACCUUUUCCUGGUGUGCUGUGCACAGGAUCCACUCAAUCUCCAUCCUGCUGGGUAUGAAAUGAGCCUCUGAGAAGGAGGGGACUGCAUUACCUAGAACCUGGGAAGGACAUGUCUUCUGGGCCCCGGACCCCUGCACAGUGUCAUCAAGGCAGCAUCAGAGCCAGGAGUCAGCAUCAGGCAGAGAGGGUGGACUCCCAGCCCACAGAGCAAGGAAAACCCAAUGCUUUGAGUAGGGUGCCUCUGGGCACUAACUUGGGGGAGUUGAGUUUGCUGACUCGCAGAGGUGGAGCCGUUCUGGAGUGGGGUGCCUCUGGGCACGUAAGGGGGGGAGAUGGGUUCACUGACCCAUGGAGCUGGGCUGAAUGCCUUUGGGUUGAGGCUUAGACUGGAGUGACAACAUAUCCUCCGGUAUUUCCUGGAAGCCUGAAAGAACUUUGUCACGUGUCCUGACUGAACAGUCGUAUCCUAAGCAUUUCUUGCCCGCAUUGCAAGGUGUUAACCUCCUUAAUAAACUAUCAUCAUGAA